CCGUGCGCAACUUCCCCCAACGAUGCACCAAUGAGCUGCGGGGACAGGCGGUCUCGGGGCCCAGCGGCGGCUGAGCAGCGGUGUCGCGGAAGGAGGCCGCGCAGGUCUCUGCGGCAGCUGUCAGCGAUGAAACCGUCUAUUUCAAUACAGACAAGUGAGUUUGACUCCUCAGACGAAGAGCCUGUUGAAGAUGAACAGACUCCAAUUCAGAUCUCAUGGCUACCCCUGUCACGGGUGAAUUGUUCGCAGUUUCUCGGGUUAUGUGCUCUUCCAGGUUGCAAAUUUAAAGAUGUUAGAAGAAAUAUUCAAAAAGAUACAGAAGAACUAAAGAGUUGCGGCAUACAAGACAUAUUUGUUUUCUGCACCAGAGGGGAACUGUCAAAAUACAGAGUCCCGAACCUUUUGGACUUCUACCAGCAGUCUGGAAUUGUCACUCACCAUCACCCUUUCCCAGACGGAGAGACACCCGACAUAGCCAGCUGCUGCCAGGUGAUGGAGGAGCUCGCCACCUGCCUCGGAAAUAACCGGAAAACUCUCAUCCACUGUUAUGGAGGACUUGGGAGAUCUUGUCUUGUAGCUGCUUGUCUCCUCCUAUACCUGUCUGACACGGUCUCUCCGCAGCAAGCCAUAGAUACCCUGCGAGACGUAAGAGGCUCUGGGGCCAUCCAGACCAUUAAGCAAUAUAAUUAUCUUCAUGAGUUCCGGGAAAAACUAGAUGCUUACCUUUCAUCCAGAGAGUCGCUGUCAAGAUCUGUGUCGAGAUGAAUUUCAAAUCACAUAUAUACAACCACAUCUGAAAUUUAGGAGCUCUCUGGCAUAAUUUGUACUGAAACAAAGCUACUAGCAUUGUCAACUUGGAUGUAUAAGUGCAGAUAUUUUAAAGCUUUUAUUGACAAAAUUCUGUGUGUCUUCCAUCUCAGGGCAGAGGGACAAAAAUUAGUAGCACCUUCCUUUUAAA